ACCCGGACUUGAAAGCGCCGGGUUUCUGAGCAGGCUUCGUUCGGUCCUCGGGAGACGGUGUCCGCCGCGAUCGCGUCCGGGUCCGCCGCUGGAGCCAUGCCUUCCGCCGCCUUGAAGUCUCCGCGCCUGCGCCGGGUGUUCGUAGUCGGCGUCGGCAUGACCAAGUUCAUAAAACCUGGAGGUGAGAAUUCAAGAGAUUAUCCUGAUAUGGCAAAGGAAGCAGGCCAGAAGGCACUGGCAGAUGCACAGAUCCCUUACUCCGCAGUGGAGCAGGCAUGCGUUGGCUAUGUGUAUGGUGACUCCACCUGUGGGCAGAGGGCUAUCUACCACAGUCUGGGAAUGACUGGCAUUCCUAUAAUUAACCUCAACAACAACUGCUCCACGGGCUCCACGGCGCUCUUCACGGCCCGACAGCUGGUUCAAGGAGGUGUGGCGGAUUGCGUGUUGGCCCUUGGGUUUGAGAAGAUGGAGAAGGGAUCCCUUGGAUUAAAAUUUUUAGAUCGAUCCUAUCCAGUUGACAAACAUCUUGAUGUCUUGGUCAAUAAGUAUGGAUUGUCUGCCCAUCCAAUUGCUCCUCAGAUGUUUGGGUCUGCUGGGAAAGAACACAUGGAAAAAUAUGGAACAACAGUUGAACACUUUGCAAAAAUUGGAUGGAAAAAUCAUAAACACUCAGUUAAUAACCCGUAUUCCCAGUUCCAAGAUGAAUACAGCUUAGAGGAAAUAAUGAAGUCAAAGCCGAUCUUUGAUUUUCUGACUAUCUUACAGUGCUGCCCCACCUCAGAUGGCGCCGCCGCAGCCAUUCUGACGAGUGAGGACUUCGUGCUCAAGUAUGGCCUGCAGUCCAAAGCCGUGGAGAUCGUGGCGCAGGAGAUGAUGACCGACUUGCCCAGCACAUUCGAAGAGAAGAGUGUGAUUAAAAUGGUUGGCUAUGAUAUGAGUAAAGAAGCCGCCCGGAGGUGCUACGAGAAAUCCGGCCUGAGCCCAAGCGAUGUCCAGGUGAUAGAACUUCAUGACUGUUUCUCUACCAACGAGCUGCUCACUUACGAAGCCCUGGCGCUCUGUCCAGAAGGACAAGGUGGAGCCCUGGUCGACAGAGGAGAUAACACUUACGGAGGAAAGUGGGUCAUCAACCCUAGUGGCGGACUCAUUUCAAAGGGACACCCACUGGGAGCUACAGGUCUGGCUCAGUGCGCGGAGCUCUGCUGGCAGCUGAGAGGCGAAGCCGGAAAGCGGCAGGUUCCCGGCGCCAAGGUGGCUCUGCAGCACAAUUUAGGCCUUGGAGGAGCUGUGGUUGUCACCCUCUACAAGAUGGGCUUCCCCGAAGCGGCCAGCUCCUUCAGAACACACCAGAUUUCGGCUGCUCCCACCAGCUCUGCAAGUGAUGGAUUCAAGGCCAAUCUUGUCUUUAAGGAGAUCGAGAAGAAGCUCGAAGAGGAAGGGGAACAGUUCGUGAAGAAGAUCGGUGGGAUUUUUGCCUUCAAAGUGAAGGACGGCCCUGGAGGCAAAGAAGCCACCUGGGUGGUGGAUGUGAAGAAUGGCAAGGGAUCCGUGCUUCCCAACUCAGAUAAGAAGGCUGACUGCACAAUCACCAUGGCCGACUCCGACUUGCUGGCUCUGAUGACUGGCAAAAUGAACCCUCAGUCGGCCUUCUUUCAAGGUAAAUUGAAAAUUGCUGGUAACAUGGGUCUGGCGAUGAAACUGCAAAACCUUCAGCUCCAGCCAGGCAAAGCUAAGCUGUGACGAACUCCUCGGGACACGAGAUGUAGAGAUACACAGAGAUACCCACGUCUCACUGUCAGAACUUAGCUAAGUGGAUGUGGCCAAUCAUGUCUUUCCCGAGCUGGGGGUGCACAGGGCCUCGAAGCCUGCCACACUGCUGCUUUGAGGACCUGCAUACCACUACGCAUGACAAAGCUACUUAGGCAAUGAUGGUUUGGGGUAAAUUUGAGUUUCAGAAUAAAAUUCAGAAUAGUGAAAUCUAAAGACUGUAACAAAGCCUUCUUUUGCUUAGAAGUACAUAUAAGGAUCACUGUGUUGAACACUGGUGUGAGAGUUCCCCUUAGGGGAACUGGAGAAGAAACAGACUUCCCUGGUCGACCACGAGUUAGUGUCUCACACUUAAUUACCUGCAUCAAGUUCUCGAUAAUAGUUUUUAAAAUAAAACUCCAUACUAAGAUUGAAAAAAACCUCAAAACUCUAAAAAUGUUCAUUUUAUGCCAUCAGAAACAGUUCCUUUCUUCCCAAAUAAAAUACAAGAAUUAUGGUCCGAGCUUAGGUGGGAAUUUACAGCUGAACUGUUUUUAAAAUAUUUUUAAAAUGGCCAUCUUUUUUAAAAAGUCAGGGUAUUAGAGCAUUGGAUGCCAUUACUAAAAGUAAAUGAGUAAAGUUUCUUCCAGAGGCACAGGCUUCAGAUUAUAUAGUUUCAUAUUAAUAAGUUUAUAAACUCUGAGUUUCACAAGUUUUCUUUUUCAUGUGUUUGAUUGUCUGCAUUUAUCUUCUAGUUUUUCUGAUUCUAACACUGUUAUAACUGGAGGUUUGGGAUAAAAAAAUAAUGCUUUUGGAAGAUUUAAAAGAAAUUAAAAUAGCUCUUCCUGA